AUGGUAGCUGCGUACGAGUACGGACCGUUUCUGUUGCUGGCGGCGAUCUCCGUUGGACUCCGGUUAGACUCUGCGAUAGCGGCUCCUAUGCGAGGUCGUGACACGUCGACCCAGGGAUGCCAGCGCAGUUUACCCGAGCCCGAGCUGAUUGAGUGCGUCACUGCGUCCGUUCAGCAGUUCGUCUACUUUGUAUCGAACGGGAAGGUCCCGCCCAAGCACUCCAUUACACCGUUCGAUCCGCUGCAUCUUCCCAACAUGACCAUCUUUCAGGAGCAGCGCGUGAAGGGAGUGUACGUCAACCGAUACCUUGUUGGGUUUAAAACUGCGUUCAUCCAGGACGUCCAAGUCGACAUGAAAAAGUUGGAGUUUAACAUGACCACCUUGAUACCAGCCCUCGAGAUGCUGGGAAUGUUUUCCACGGAACGGCUAGAAGACCAUCAGGCAACGGAAAACUCGAUCCUCACCUUCUCCAUCCGAAACACCGUAGUGGACUUUGUCGCCAAAGGAACUCUAUAUAACACCCCUUCCGGUGAAGAAUAUCUACGUGUUCAGCUCGGCAUCAGCUCGAUGUCGAUCGCGAGUACCGUCCUAAGCGAACAUCUCGACCGCGAUCAGACGGCGUCCUCAGGCAGCUCAGUCAGUCAGCUCCGAGGAUCGAGCGGUAGCAGUAGUGCAUCCAUCGCGUCCACCAAGUUCAUGAAGCUGAUCGAGAAAGACCUGCGGGUGCAGCUGACCAAGCGGCUGCAGCACGUCGUCAACGAGGCGCUAGCGUUGACGCCAUUCGAGCAACUCUUCCCCGUCUGACGAUGGCUUCCCCUCCAGCUGUUGAUUUCCUUUCGCUCUCCUACUUACUCCUGUCGGUGGUGUGGUUAAGGCUAAUAAAUGGUUUAAU